AGUGCCGUUCUACUGAAUGCGCCUGCGUACCUGUCAGUCGGUCGGACAAGAUGGCAACGAUCAAUGGUGGAGGAAUGGAGGUGGAUGGGGCAGCUAGCCCCAGUGUUAUGGCCUCGGGGGUGACUGGGAGUGUAUCGGUGGCCUUGCACCCUCUAGUGAUUCUCAACAUCUCAGACCACUGGAUACGUAUCCGUUCCCAGGAGGGGCGGCCGAUGCAAGUGAUUGGAGCGUUGAUUGGGAAGCAGGAGGGAAGGAACAUCGAGGUGAUGAACUCCUUUGAGCUGUUGUCCCACACUGUAGAUGACAGGGCGCAUAUUGAUAAGGAGUACUACUACACCAAAGAGGAGCAGUUCAAACAGGUCUUCAAGGACAUGGAAUUCCUGGGGUGGUAUACCACAGGAGGCCCUCCUGACCAAUCAGAUAUUCAUAUCCACAAGCAGGUGUGUGAAAUUAUUGAGAGCCCCCUGUUUCUCAAGUUGAACCCGAUGACCAAACAUACAGAUUUACCAGUCAGCGUCUACGAGUCUGUCAUAGACAUCAUCAACGGAGAGGCGACCAUGCUGUUUGCCGAGCUAACCUACACGCUGGCCACAGAAGAGGCCGAGAGAAUCGGUGUUGACCAUGUGGCGCGCAUGACCGCCACAGGCACCGGGGAAAACUCCACGGUGGCAGAACACCUCAUAGCCCAGCACAGUGCUAUCAAGAUGCUCCACAGCAGAGUGAAGGUCAUCCUGGAGUAUGUGAAAGCUGUUGAAGCGGGAGAGGUACCGUUCAACCAUGAGAUCCUCAGAGAAGCCAAUGCUCUUUGUCAUAGACUGCCCGUCCUCAGCACUAUCAAAUUCAAGACUGACUUCUAUGACCAAUGCAACGAUGUAGGCCUCAUGGCCUACCUAGGCACCAUAACCAAGACCUGCAACAGCAUGAACCAGUUCAUCAACAAGUUUAACGUCCUGUAUGACAGACAGGGCAUCGGUCGAAGGAUGAGAGGACUGUUCUUUUGAGGAAUGGAGAGAAUGUGUAAAGAACGGAUGACUUGGAAGAAAGAUGGAGUGGUCACAAGCACUGCAAAGUUUCAUUUGCUUGUCUGCGUUUUUUGUAAACACACUGACACACACUCAAGUGAAGAUUAGCUUCUUAUCAAACUGGUUUACUGUUUUCUAAGGUAGCCCACGCUUUAAGUGUCUCAAAGAGCACUUGUUUGUACCACUUAAGUGUACCGGAAGAAGAAAAAACAUGUACAAAAUUACUCACGUAAGCACUCAUUGUGUAUGUAUGUUGAGUAUGCACAUCAAUGGAUCCAUGUACAUGAACAGAAAUUACAUUUUCCCCUCAUGCUUUGUUUUGUUUUACUUUUUCUGUAAGUAAUAAAUGAUCUGCUGUU